ACAAAGAGGAAGUCCAGAGGAAACGCCAGAAGCUCAUGCCCAACUUCUCGGACAGUUUCGGCGGUGGCAGUGGAGCCGGAGCGGGCGGUGGAGGCAUGUUCGGUAGUGGCGGUGGUGGAGGGAGUACCGGAAGUCCUGGCCCAGGGUAUGGCUUCUCGCACUACGGAUUUCCUCCUUACAGUGGGAUCACUUUCCACCCUGGAGCCACUAAAUCCAACUCUGGGAUCACCCAUGGAACCAUAAACACAGAAUCAAAAAAUAACCCUAAAGACUGUGACAAGAGUGGCGACAGAGAGGCUCUGAAUCUCUCUGAGAAGGAAACAGCAGGACAGGAUAAGGAGUCUGGCGUGUCCAGCACCAAGAGUGAUACAGUUGCACUGUCAUUCCCCAUGGAAGACAAGGAAUGGGGCGCUGGCUUUCGGGAUAACCUCUUUCUUGAGAAGGCUCUACAGCUUGCCAAGAGGCAUGCCAAUGCCCUUUUCGACUAUGCGAUGACAGGAGACGUGAAGAUGUUGCUGGCUGUGCAGCGCCAUCUCACCACGGUGCAGGAUGAGAAUGGGGACAGUGUCUUACACUUAGCCAUCAUCCACCUUCAUGCUCAGCUUGUGAGGGAUCUGCUAGAAGUCACAUCUGGUUUGAUCUGUGCUGACAUCAUCAACAUGAGGAAUGAUCUGUAUCAGACACCUUUGCACUUGGCCGUAAUCACCAAGCAGGAAGAUGUGGUGGAGGACUUGCUGAGGGUUGGGGCUGACCUGAGCCUUCUGGACCGCUGGGGUAACUCUGCUCUGCACCUGGCUGCCAGAGAAGGGCACGACAAGAUCCUCAGUGUCCUGCUCAAGAACAGAAAGGCGACACUCCUUAUAGACCACCCCAAUGGGGAAGGUCUAAAUGCCAUUCACAUAGCUGUGAUGAGCAAUAGCCUGCCAUGUCUACUGCUGCUUGUGGCUGCUGGGGCAGAAGUCAAUGCUCAGGAGCAGAAGUCUGGGCGCACAGCACUGCACCUGGCCGUGGAGUACGACAACAUCUCGUUGGCUGGCUGCCUGCUUCUGGAGGGCGAUGCCCACGUGGACAGUACCACCUAUGAUGGGACUACACCGCUACAUAUAGCAGCUGGCAGAGGCUCCACCAGACUGGCAGCUCUUCUGAAAGCGGCAGGAGCAGACCCCCUGGUGGAGAACUUUGAGCCUCUCUAUGACCUGGACGACUCUUGGGAGAAGGCUGGAGAGGAUGAGGGAGUGGUGCCAGGUACCACACCCCUGGACAUGGCUGCCAACUCUCAGGUCUUUGACAUACUGAAUGGGAAACCAUAUGAGCCUGUGUUCACAUCUGAUGAUGUACUACCACAAGGAGACAUGAAGCAGCUGACAGAAGACACAAGGCUGCAGCUCUACAAGCUGCUGGAGAUCCCUGAUCCAGACAAAAACUGGGCCACUCUGGCACAGAAGUUAGGUCUGGGGAUCCUAAAUAAUGCUUUCCGGCUGAGUCCUGCCCCUUCUAAAACUCUGAUGGACAACUAUGAGGUCUCUGGGGGCACCAUCAAAGAGCUGAUGGAGGCCCUGCGACAGAUGGGCUACACAGAGGCCAUUGAAGUGAUCCAGGCAGACUUCUGCACCCCGGAAACCACAGCCUCCAGCCCUGUGACCACUGCUCAGGCCCACAUGCUGCCUCUCUCAUCUUCUUCCACAAGGCAGCACUUAG